CCCUCAGAGUACAUAUUUCCUCUCUAUUAUCUAACCUCAGUUUCCCCCCUUUCAAUUUGUACCCAUUCCCCUCGUCCUGUCACUUACAGGUGCCAAGGCCUGAGGCACCUCCGAGAGGGGCACUCCUGACCCGCUCCCCCCCGCUCCCCUCACGGCGUUCCCUCCCUCCCCUCACGGCGUUCCCUCCCUUCUGACUGAGCCCGGGGAUCGCUGGCUCCACUCGUCCCCCGCCCGGCGGCUCCCUGCCCGCCCCGGGGUGUGUCCGGCCGGUCCCGCUCCGGGCACGGCUGCGGGCACGGCUCGGCCCGGCUGUCGGCCAUGGCCGUGGGGAAGGCCCCGUGCCGGCGGCGCAGCAGCGACUCGGGCGUGGAGCCGGACCGCGGGGCGCGGCCCUGGGACAGGGACCGCAGCGCGCUCUCCCAGAAGAAGAGGGACCAGCGCAUCGCGCUCUUCCUCAGCGACUUCGACCAGCAGGCCAAGGAGCACAUCCAGGAGAUGAAGAAGGAGCUCGAUUCGCUCUUGCAGACAGCGGAGAAGGCGUUUGCCGUGGAGCUGCUGACGAUGCCGGCCGCCGUGAGGAAGAUGAGAAGGAAAGAGGUGCUCGAUUUGCAAGGACGGGAGGAAAUGGCUCUUGCUGCUGCAGUGACUGACUGCUCUGUAGAAGACAUGCCAAAUCCCAAACUGGUGAGGACCAACAGCAAAAAAGUUAAGGUAACUACAAUUGUUGAAUAUGAAGAUACCAAGCACAGUUCUGCAAAGAAAAUAACUAAAAAAAUCUCCAAAACCAGGUCGCUGGUUUCACUGACCUCUGGUUUAAGUGGCAAACUGAACUCUCUUUCUAGUGCCACAAAUCACAAAGCCACUCCAAAGGGAGCUAGAAGUGCUGGAUUACAACAGACUGUCUCAAGAACUUUACCUGCCAGUGGAAGAGCUCAAGGCAUGUUAAAGAGAAGUAAAUCAGUACCCCAACAUAAAAGUGUUCCAUUUGUCAACAUUCCCCUGGCUGAUGGACAGACUCUGUGCACGGCUGGUGGAGACCUCCGCAAUAUUGAUGUGCAGCUCCUAAACCAGGACACAGUACAGCACAUCCAUAACCUGGUGAGUGAGCUGACUGUCCUGUGUGGAAAGGUAACACCUAAACCAAGUUAAUGGAACUGUCUACUGGUGACUACAGAACAUUGGUGACUGCUCUUGCCUGCUGCCUCCCUAGUGUUGAAAUAAUGUCUAUUAUGUCUUAAUAAAGCUGUAUACUGCCCAGUAAAUGUUUAUAAUAAGCCUUUAUAUCAUGUGAUGUG